AAGCCAUUGAAUAAUUUUGAAGCUCCAAAGAAUCUUCCUGUUGAUAUUUUCGGUUUCUCUUCCGGUCCCCACAGUUCCACCACAAAUAUCCUCCAUAGAUAGGUAGAAUCUACAUUCGCAGCUAACUUCUCUGCAAUUCCGAAGGAAUUGUGUGAAUCCUCUCUGCAUCUGCUGCGAGGAGAGAAAAUGGACGCCGCGCAAGAGGCUAACAAUCGGGAAAUUUUCCGGCAGACCGUCGUCAACACGCUCGAACGCCGCCUCUUCUACGUCCCAUCCUUCAAGAUCUACCGCGGCGUCGCCGGACUUUACGACUACGGGCCGCCGGGCUGCGCCGUGAAGGCCAACGUCCUCGCUUUCUGGCGUCAGCACUUCGUUCUCGAAGAGAACAUGUUGGAAGUCGAUUGCCCCUGCGUUACGCCUGAAAUUGUGCUGAAAGCAUCUGGCCAUGUCGAUAAGUUCACUGAUCUUAUGGUGAAGGAUGAGAAGACUGGAACUUGUUACCGAGCUGAUCAUCUGCUCAAAGAUUACUGCAAAGAGAAGCUUGAGAAGGACACUGCCAUUAAUGGCGAGAAGUCUGCAGAAUUGAAGCAUGUUUUGGCUGUGUUGGAUGAUCUCUCUGCUGAAGAGCUUGGAGACAAAUUAAAGGCCUAUGGAAUCACUGCUCCGGAAACGAAGAAUGCUCUCUCGGAUCCCUAUCCUUUCAAUCUAAUGUUUCAGACGUCGAUUGGGCCGUCGGGGUUGAGCCCUGGGUAUAUGAGGCCGGAGACGGCUCAGGGAAUUUUCGUGAACUUUAAGGAUUUGUACUAUUAUAAUGGAAACAAACUUCCCUUCGCCGCUGCGCAGAUUGGCCAAGCUUUUCGAAAUGAGAUAUCACCACGGCAAGGUCUUUUAAGGGUUCGAGAGUUUACGCUGGCGGAGAUUGAGCAUUUUGUUGAUCCGGACGACAAGUCUCACCCAAAGUUUGCUGAAGUUGCAAACUUGGAAUUUUUAAUGUUCCCUAGAGAAGAUCAGGUGUCCGGACGAGCAGCGAGGAGAAUUCCUAUUGGAGAGGCAGUAUCUCAGGGCAUUGUGAACAAUGAAACGCUGGGAUUUUUCAUAGGGCGGGUGUACUUAUUUUUAACUGAACUCGGAAUUGACAAGGAUCGCCUGCGAUUCCGCCAGCAUCUGGCAAAUGAGAUGGCGCACUAUGCAGCGGAUUGUUGGGAUGCUGAAAUUGAAUGCUCGUAUGGUUGGAUCGAAUGCGUCGGCAUUGCAGAUCGAUCAGCGUAUGAUUUACGUGCUCAUACUGAUAAAAGUGGCACGGCGUUGGUAGCGCACGAGAAAUAUUCGGAGCCCCGCGAAGUUGAGAAACUUGUCAUAACUCCCGUCAAGAAAGAGCUCGGUCUUGCCUUUAAGGGCAUCCAAAAAAUGGUGGUCGAGGCUUUGGAGGCUAUGGACGAAAAGGAAGCCAUGGAGAUGAAAGAAACACUCGAAACCAAAGGAGAGGCAGAGUUUAAGGUUUGUACGCUCGACAAAGUAGUGACCAUAAAGAACAACAUGGUUUCGAUCUCCAAGGAGAAGAAAAAGGAGCAUCAAAGGGUCUUCACGCCCUCCGUCAUCGAACCAUCCUUCGGCAUCGGAAGAAUCAUAUACUGUCUCUACGAGCAUUCCUUUUACACACGGCCUAGUAAAGACGGUGAUGAACAAUUGAAUGUCUUCCGCUUCCCUCCGCUCGUCGCCCCGAUUAAAUGCACCGUCUUCCCCUUAGUCCAGAAUCAAAAAUACGAGGAAGUUGCCCGGACAAUCGCUAAAUCAUUGACUGCUGUCGGGAUUUCCAACAAAAUCGACAUAACAGGUAACUCUAUAGGAAAGAGAUACGCGAGGACUGACGAACUCGGCGUCCCCCUCGCGAUCACUGUUGAUUCGACGUCGUCGGUGACUAUCCGGGAAAGAGACAGCAAGCAGCAGAUCCGCGUCAACGUCGACGAGGUGCCGUCCGUGAUCAAAGAGGUGACCGACGGCGCGAGCACUUGGGCUGACGUGCUGUGGCGAUACCCGACUCACUCGUCGUAACCAUAACGAGACGAAUAUGUUGUCCGAACUCAGAUUUAUAUUCCCCUUACUUUCGGAUCGAUCAUUGCUGGUUUUGUAUGCUAUAUCCGGACUUUGUGUUCUUGAUUAUGAUAUGCACCUUUUUUUUUUUUUUUUUUU